GAUGCUCCACUGCCUUGUGGAUCAGACUUUCAGGUCGAAGGCUCCGGGUGUGGCCCCCUAAGAAAACCGUCUGCUUCGGUUUGGGCACCUAGGCAGUAUCACAGCCCUCACACAUAUCAAAUGAGAUUUGUGUGGCUCAUAUGUAUUUGGUGUCUCCUUGUACCAAUAUCUUUGUGUUGAAAUAAAUAAACAAUAAAAACCUUAUCUGAUGUUCGCUAAGAUUAUUUCAUUUCGUCUCUCUAAAGUAAGGAAUUUAUCCCUGAGUUACGUAAUCUGAUUUUUAUGACAUUUCCUUUUUAAAUUAGGUACUUAACAUUUUAGACUAUGCCGUAUCUAAUGGAUGAAGAAGUUUCUAGCGAUGAAUCCAUCGAAUGUAAAGAUGUGGAGAUUGAUUACGAAAAUUUGUCCAAAAAUACUACAGGACCGCCGAGUUAUGCAUCUCUAGCUCAGAAAGAUUCAGCAAAGAAACCGAAAAAUCCAGGUGAUUUACAUACGAGUAAAGGAAAGGUGUUGAAUUAUCUCCGGAUACCGAAAGCUGUUGAUUUCAUGUCUCCAGAUCUAACUGAAUAUGUUACAGAAACCCAAAGGGCAGGCCUAAUUGCACAACUUAAAGCUAAUAAAGACUAA